UACACAUGUACUAAAAAGCACAGUACCAAAGCAGAUAGAGACAAAGAGGAAAAGAGGAGAGCGAGGUAGAAAACGGAUCCUGCUUAUGCCUACUCCAUCUCUCUUUCAGCACCAAGGACAGAACCUCUGAACGGCUGACCCAACCAAUGCUCAGUUUAGGGUCCCUCCCAAAUCCUCUACAGAAAAUCGAUGCAUUCGAAAGCAGCUAUGAAACAUGCACUAAGGUCUAAUAGGAAAGCUGGAAAGCAGCACUCAAGUAAUUUCACCUUGGAGACAAAAAUGGGUGAUUCCUUUCCAUUCAUUUGCAUAGUUUCUGAGUCCUGAGAAAAGCAAACUUUGCUUUGCUUGGGUAUGCCUGCUGUCAGUAAAUGGCUGCAGGAUCCGAACUGGUAAACUCCUCGGUCUCCAGAAAUCAGAAGAAAAUUUUAGGGAAGGCCCUUGGCAUCACAUACCUCCCUCUGGGCUAUGGCACCUCUGAGUCAGCUGAGCAGCCACCUGAACUACACCUGUGGGGAGGAAAACUCCACAGGUGCCAGCCAGGUGCACCCACAUGCCUACUAUGCCCUCUCCUACUGCGCGCUCAUCCUGGCCAUCGUCUUCGGCAAUGGUCUGGUGUGCAUGGCUGUGCUGAAGGAGCGGGCCCUGCAGACUACCACCAACUACCUAGUAGUGAGCCUGGCUGUGGCAGACUUGCUGGUGGCCACGUUGGUGAUGCCCUGGGUGGUAUACCUGGAGGUGACAGGUGGAGUCUGGAAUUUCAGCCGCAUUUGCUGCGAUGUUUUUGUCACCCUGGAUGUCAUGAUGUGUACGGCCAGCAUCCUGAACCUCUGUGCAAUCAGCAUAGACAGGUAUACUGCCGUGGUCAUGCCUGUUCACUACCAGCAUGGCACGGGACAGAGCUCCUGUCGGCGCGUGGCCCUCAUGAUCACAGCCGUCUGGGUACUGGCCUUUGCUGUGUCCUGCCCUCUCCUAUUUGGCUUCAAUACCACAGGUGACCCCACUGUCUGCUCCAUUUCCAACCCAGAUUUUGUCAUCUACUCUUCAUUGGUGUCCUUCUACCUGCCCUUUGGAGUUACUGUGCUUGUCUAUGCCAGAAUCUAUGUGGUGUUGAAACAAAGGAGACGGAAACGGAUCCUCACUCGACAGAACAGUCAGUGCAUCAGUGUCAGGCCUGGCUUCCCCCAACAAGAACAUUCAGAAGAUAAACGAUAUUCCCAGAAAUGUCAGGAUCCCCUCUUGUCCCACCUGCAGACCCUCUCUCCUGACCGGGCACAUCUGGAGCUGAAGCGCUAUUACAGCAUCUGCCAAGACACUGCCUUGGGUGGACCAGGCUUCCAAGAAAGAGGAGGAGAGUUGAAAAGAGAGGAGAGGACUCAAAACUCCCUGAGUCCCACCAUAGCGCCCAAGCUCAGCUUAGAGGUUCGAAAACUCAGCAAUGGCAGAUUAUCAACAUCUUUGAAGCUGGGACCCCUGCAACCUCGGGGAGUGCCACUUCGGGAGAAGAAGGCAACCCAAAUGGUGGCCAUUGUGCUUGGGGCCUUUAUUGUCUGCUGGCUGCCCUUCUUCUUGACCCAUAUUCUCAAUACCCACUGCCAGACAUGCCACGUGUCCCCAGAGCUUUACAGUGCCACAACAUGGCUGGGCUAUGUGAAUAGCGCCCUCAACCCCGUGAUCUAUACCACCUUCAAUAUCGAGUUCCGGAAAGCCUUCCUCAAGAUCCUGUCUUGCUGAGGAAGCAGAGGAGGGAACACUCCUUGUACCCAUGUCUACCGGCCAGGCUGUUGGCCCACUCAGAAAGACUGUGCAGUGACCUCCGGCCUGUGGUAGGAAGAAGAUUCCUCGAACCAGGAUGUCCCUGCUUGUCAGGUAUAACCAAAUAUGUCCUCCAAAACAGAACGUUUUACCUGCACAGCUAAAAUCUGACUUCAUUCUGACAUUCUUCAAAUGACUGGGGAGCCCCCAAGUGAUAAGCAAUAAUUCAGAAAGAAGCUGAUAAAUCAUGGCUCACACAAAAUUGUCGUCGGAGGCAUGAUUCAUUACACUAAAGGAAAAAUGAACAGAUCUCAUCAUUCUCAACUUGCAGGGGUCCUUGAAACCAGCCAGUAAACCACAUAGAACAGCCAGUUUGUCUUCCUUCAAACCUCUAAUUAACUGUCGGGCUAACCUUGUACUUUCACGGGCCCAUUCCUCUUGGUCAUUUCUUUCCUUCACUGUACCUGGAAAUAGGAAUGGCAAGGCCAGUGCUUCUACCUCUGCAGAAUCCGAUGGGCUACGUUCAGUGAGGUGAAUUUCUCACCCCAAGAAAAACACUGUCCCACAUUGGGACGGGGACUUCAUUUCAAACUUUGCUACCCUUAUAUUUUAGCUUUAGCUGAGAAGACAUUUUGAUUCCAUUCCUUUACUCUCUCAAGGCAAUCUCAGAGGGUCAAUUUCCAGAGUCAUUGAAGACGGGGAUAUUAUUUGAAGACGGUACGACACAUUUCAUUGUAGUUUCACUGUUGAACCUUAUGGUUCAGAACAUUCCUUAGAUAUGCGUUUCAUAUCACCACCAAAUUUUCCUACCCAGAGCAUCUUCAUUUCUCCUUAACAGGGACCCAACGUAGUGGACAUCUUGGGCAACAGUAGACCACACAUACAACGGUAGUCUCAUAAGAUAAUAACAGAGCUGAAGGAUUCCUGUCGCUUAAUGACGUCACAGCUGUUGCAACAUCACAGCUCAAUGCAUUACUUCCAUGUUUGUGGUGAUGCUGGUAUCAACAAAAUUAUGCUGCCAGUCAUAUCAAAGUGUACAAUCGUGUACAGUACAUAAACUUAAUAUUAAUAAUAAAUGACUACAUUACUGGGUUAUGUAUUUACUGUACUGAACUUUUCACCAUUAUUUUAGAGUGUACUUCUACUUCUUUUUAAAAAGUUAAUUAUAAAACAGCCUCAGGCAGGUCCUUCAGGAGGUAUUCCAGAAGAAGGCACUGUCAUAAGAGAUGACAGUUCCCCGUGUGUUAUUGCCCCUGAAGUGGGACAAGGUGUGGAGGUGGGAGACAGGGACAUUGAUGAUGCUGACCCUGUUUAGGACUAAGCUAAUGUGUGUGUUUAUGUCUUAAUUUUUAACAAAGUAGUUUGAAAAGCAAAAAUAAUUUUAAAAAUAGAAAACAUAUAUAGAGUAAGUAUAUAAGGAAAGAAAAUAUUCUUGUCCAGCUAUCCAGUGUGUUUGUGUUUUAAGCUAAGUGUUAUUACAAAAUCGUCAAAAACGUCAAAAAAAAACUUUUUAAGUUUAUAAGGUAAAAAGGGGGCAGAAAGCCAAGAUUAAUUUAUUAUUGAAGAAAGAAAAAAUUUUUAAAUAGAUUUAGUGUAGCCCGAGUGUAUAGCGUUGAUAAAGUAAUAUCCCAGGCCUUCCCCUCCACGCACCAGUCCACUCACUGACUCACCGAGUCUUACAGCUCAGCUCAGCUGCCAGUCUGCAAGCUCCAUUUAUGAUAAGAGUCCUAUAUAAGUGUACCACUUUUUGUCUUUUAUAUCCUAUUUUUACUGUAUCUUUUAUACAUAAGUUAUACAAAUACUCCCCAUUGUGUUACAAUUGCCUCAGUGCACUCAGGCUAUAUGGUAUAGCCUAUUGCUCCUAGGCUACAAACCCAGACAGCAUGUAACUGUACUGAAUAUUGUAGGCAAUUGUAACACAGUUACUUGGGCUAUAUGAUCUAGGUUUGUGUAAGUACAUUCUAUGAUGUUUAUACAACAAUGAGAUCACCUAACAAUUCAUUUCUCAGAACAUAUCCCUGUAGUUAAACAACGUGAGACUGUGUUUUCAGACUCCGACACUCACUAAGCAGUAUGUGCAGAGUGCACAAAGACUUUUCCAAAGAUUCCAAGGCGUCUCUUGCCCCACUUGUAUUCCUCUUACCUUUAAAUAUAUAAUAAGGAAAUAUAUACACUCCCAGUGAGUUGGUUACCUGCUACUCCUAAAUGCUUUUAAUGUCAGCAUUUUAUUUUUUUCCAAGAUGGAGUUUCACUCUUAUUGCAAAGGCUGGAAUGCAAUGAGAUAAUCUUGGCUCACUACAACCUCCACCUCCUGGGUUCAAGCAAUUCUCCUGCCUCAGCCUCCCAAGUAGCUGGGAUUACAGGCUCCCACCACCACACCCAGACAAUUUUUUUUUUUUAUUUUUAGCGGAGACAGGGUUUCAUCAUGUUAGCCAGGCUGGUCUCGAACUCCUGACUUCAUGUGAUCUACCCACCUUGGCCUCCCAAAGUGCUGGGAUUACAGGUUUGAGCCACCGUGCCCAGCCAAUGCCACCAUUAUUUUUCUUUUCUUCUUGUUUUUUUGAUAUGGAGUUUUACUCUUGUUACCCAGGCUGGAAUGCAAUGGCGCGAUCUCGGCUCACCACAACCUCCGCCUCCUGGGUUCAAGCAAUUCUCCUGCUUCAGCCUCCCGAGUAGCUGGGACUACAGGCGUGCGCCACCAUGCCCAGCUAAUUUUUUGUAUUUUUAGUAGAGACGGGGUUUCACCAUGUUGACCAGGAUGAUCUCGAUCUCUUGACCUCGUGAUCCACCUGCUUCGGCCUCCCAAAGUGCUGGGAUUACAGGCUUGAGCCACCACGCCCGGCUGCCACUAUUUUUUAAAUUCCUAUAAUAAUAUAUAUAUAUAAUUACUCCUAUAGUAAUGUUUAUAUUGGUAACUUGGUGGGAAAAUUCUGUCUGCUCAUUAGUUUUUGUAUCUUGUGUCACCCAGUUCAUCCAGGUUUAUGGUGCAAGCUAAGCUGAGCCUGGAGAUAAUAAAAAUCUGCAAAAGUAAAAAUAGAUAUUUCCAGGUUUUCCCAGGCCAAAUGAACAGAAAAUGGAUGAGAUGGUGGAGUAAAAUAUUAUAGAAUUCCAUGUCAACACCGGAGUCCUAAAGGCAGAAACAUAAACAACAGACUGGACAUAGUGGUUUACACCUGUAAUCCCAGCAUUUUGGGAGGCCAAAGCAGGAGGAUUGCUUGAGCCUAGGAGUCUGAGACCAGCCUGGGCAAGAUGGCAAGAUGCUAUCUCUACAAAAAAAAUAAACCAAUUAGCUGGGCAUGGUGGCAUCCACCUGCGGUCCUAGCUACUUGGAAGGCUGAGGCAGGAGGCUUGAAUCUAGUAGAUCAAGGCUACAGUGACC